AUGGCAUGGACUCGUCUUAUCCCUCGCGGCAUCACACCUUGCAGUAUGUAUGUUCAGAUGAGAAGCGAGUUUUCAGGUGCCCUGACGGCCGAAUACGCGGCCAGAGCUGUUGCAAGUGAGUACAACAAUCGUGUUGGUAAGCCUGCUGCCAUCAAACUGGAUCUGCUUUCGUCAGCAGAUUGGGACAAGCAGUGUCAGAGAGUAGCCGCCAACAACUUUCCCAGCCACUGUCGCUUCAAGGACAUUGCUCUUGCAUGCGCCUUUGUUGUGAUGGGAGACAUCAUGGAUCUUGUGCCGGAUGAAGCUCGGGAUAUCCUGGAGACGGACAGCGUUGAGGAAACCGUUGAGUUAGAUCGACGGCUCCUUUUGGAUGUGCUUGUGAAGAUCAAGCGCGCCAAGGUGGAAUCCCCAUGUUACGCGGAGACUGUGAGUGAUCCAGGGUCCGAGUUCAGAGACAGUGACGACCUAGAUCAUCCUGAAACGCCUUCGUCGUCGGGAAGCAGCAGCCGUAGCGACAGUGACAGUAGCUCCACCACCCCCGACAAGAGUAGCAGCGAUGGCGCAAGCGUGGCCAAGACAGUUUAUGAUGAUGUAGUGUGCCGUGCUCGUGCCGGGGAUGAUGACUUGUCUGACAUCGAGAUCCCACGCCUCGCAGCUGUAUUCGUGCCGUUCCUGUUCAACGCAGACCGCUCUUCUCUAUACACGAUUGGUGGCUGGCCUGCCGGCCGCACCUUUGUAGAUGGAGAGUAUCCGAAGUUUCGGGACCGAGCAGCCUGA